GUUCAACUCACAAUCAGCACCUUAUGCAUUUCUUCUCCAUUUUCACACUCUUCACACACACUGUCACACACUCUUGCUCUUGUAACAACAACAACAACAAACAAAACAACAAGCUCCCUCUCCGAAAAUGGUCGGGUUUUCUUCCGACACCGAUGAAGACUCUACCAUUGAAGAAAUCAUCUCUCAAGCACAAGAUUCAAUCCUCCUUAAACAAAUCUCUGCCAUCAAUUGUUCUUCUUUCACCCAUUCCGAUCUUCCCACAGACCUCGAAUCACGUUUCCGCAAACUCAAAUCCUUCCCUGCUAAUCACACCACCCCACCACCUUACCAUCCCAAACCUCACACCUUUUCAACCUCCAAUUCAGCAAACCCCCCAAAAAGUCUCAAUCUUUCACCUACCCAACAAACUAAAUCCAUAAAUAAUCCAGAUUCUGAUUCUGGGUCUGUCUUUUCUCCCUCAAAUUCUUCACAUGAAAAAAAGGGUCCGAAACCAAAGCCGAAACCAAAAAAUGGGUCUUUUUCUCCCUCGGACUCUUCUCAUACCUCUGAAGAAAGUUCAAUGUCUUCGCUGUUCAUGCCAUUGCAAAUGAAGAAAGAUGAAGAGAAACACUCAAAGGUGAAGUAUGUGUCUCCUAGCCCGUCACCGCCUCGAAAAUGGGGUUGUUUUUGGUGCUCUCCUAAGAAGGAGAAGAAGAAGGAGAAAAGCAAGGAGAAUGAUGAUAUUGUUGGGUCAUUGGAGGAAGAUACAAGUGAUGAGUUUUUGUCUGAUAUUAGAAGUUUGUCAACCAAGAAACGGAUGAAUAUGAUUGAGAAAGCAUUGAAGGAAGAAGAGGAGAAAAUUAACCGUGAGGCUGAGAAGAUUGUUGAAAUGGUUAAACAUGCAUCUGCUAGGAUGAAUAUUUCUGAUAUUGAAGAUGAAUUGAGUGAUGAUUAUUAGACCAUGGAGCAUUGCUACAUUUUGGAUUGGAUCCCUUCUAGUUGUUGUUACAAAAGUGUUGCUAAUAUUCCAAAUUGCCUUGUACUUCUAUACAUGUUUCUGUUUACAUAUAUAUACAAAUAUUUGUCUUUCCUAUUAUGCGUAUGGUGUUGCUUCAUUGAAUUGUGAAAUCAUUCCUGAACUAAAGCUGUAUACAAGUGAAAUAUUGAAUAAAUAGUACAUAAACAUCAUGUGAAUCUGCAUAUGAAACUAG